ACGGGUCGGUCAAGUUUUAACUACUUAAGCAAGUUUAAACCUUAAAGUUAUAGUAUGAAGAUUGAAAAUUACUUAAACAGUUGAUAAUUAACUGGUAUUAAAUAAAAACAAUGCUCAGUGUUGUGAUAGCCAGUGAUCGGAGAGCGCGCAACGCGGCAUCAUGAAGUUAUUUGUAUUUAUCUUGGUAGUGCUGACUGUAGCGGUUUGUGGACUAGCUUCGCCCUUGCCAGCGAGAUUUGAGAUAGACACAGAAUUGUACCGACCUCCCCGUACACCGCAGUUCAUCAAGGGACAGAAAGGGACCAGAGUUCCUGACCCUCUCAACCUACGUAAAGGCGAAUACAUUUGCGGCAACAAGAUAUGUAGUCUGAAGCCAGGAGAGAUACCGCAUAACUGCGGAGGAGGGUUAUGCCAGUAUAAAAUAUUGAAAUAAACUUAGCCAG